ACUGGAGGUUGAAGAAUCUCUUAAUUGAAUUUGUCUAUUAGAAUAUUUUAUAGUCAUAUACAGAACUUCCACUUGGAAAGAGUUUUAUACAAACAAAUUCUCUGCAUUGCUAAUGGUUUUUAUGAGAUCAUUAUUGUAAGCCUUCAGAUGAAUUAGAGAAUUUUCCACUAGUUGACGAACUGUUAAACAAACGUGAACCACCUACGAACGGAUCAAACACAAAUGUCCAGAACGUCGAAUCGUCGGUUCAGUCUUGUCAGUCACUCCAAACGCCAUGGCGAAAACAUAGACUCUGCCAGGGGGUUGCACUAGCAACAUAAUUACUAACAUGCUGACGUAACGUAUUAGCUGAUAAUCGUUUCCAUACUCCGUUUCAUUAUUGUUUCUGAAAUGUGGCGACAGCAUUUAAUUUGCAUUUAGCUGAGCUAAAUCCUGUGUUAAAGAGUUAUAAGAUGGUUUACGACUGUAACGGUACUAAAGUUAAAUUUAACCUUCAUAUUCUAUGUCAAAUUUAAGUACAAGUUAUGGUGAUUUGUGUUACGAAAGGUUUAUCUAAUCUAUUUCCUAUCUAUACCAAGCAUUUAAAACUCCCACGUUUUAUCCACUCCUCAAGAGCGUCUUUAUUUACAACUGGAAAUAUGAUGAACGCUAAGCCCCCAAACGUUUUGAUAUAUUCGAAUGUUGAAUCAAUACAACAAGAACUCGUCAGUUUUCUCCGGACCGUUCUAGCGGUAAACGAGUACACCGUAUAUCCCGUCACAAAGCAUCAAGUUAAGGCAAGAACAUGGCCCGAAAGCACAAACCUAUUUCUCGUUCACGGAGCAGUUGAAAGUGAUUUGGCUGAAGAAUUUCUGGAUUUUUUCCUACAUGGUGGAAAACUGAUGAGUGUAUGUUCCAACUUACAGUCAUUUGUACUAUCCUGUAAAGAAUGGAAAGCGGACAACUUACCGCAGAAUGCCUUGCAACGAGACGCAGCGACAAGUGGGAAAAAGUUUGUGACUACCUUGAGAGAUACCCAAGGGGCAACUCGUGAAGCACAAUUUGAUGAGCUGUUUUGGGAAAAAACAAAUAAUUCGCCAAGUGUUGUGUCGUUGACGGACCUCAAAACAGGAGGCAAAGCUGUCUUUAGCGAAAUUGCAUUUGCUGAUUCGCCAAAUAGUUCAAAUUUGACAAGCAACACUAAAUCAAAUCUGGAUUUUUUCCGCGAUUUGUUGAAAUCUCAAUUCGGAAUUAAGAUAAACUUGGCGAUACCACCGAAUGUCCCAGCUUAUGCAAAUGGGUACUUUCUUGGUAAUAGUCGUCGUAAGCUACAUUUUCUCUCCCAAACAGUUAACCCAGUAAAAUCAGGAGAUCUCAGUUUAAUGUUUUGCAAAGACCUAACCGACUGUUUAGAGCCAUCUUCGACGAUGCAACCAGUGCUGGUGCAUGAAACCCCAGAGGAUUUUGAUACCGUCGAAUACUACAAUCACCUAAAAAGCUCCCACAUUGGACAGUUAGUAAUUUAUUUACCAGUGGCAACCAGUGCCAUGACUAUCAUUUCCCAUGCAGAACUUUGUCACGGAUUCGUUAUAAUUCCAAGACAACAAACAAGUGGAGUAGGUCGUAGUAAAAAUCAAUGGCUGAGCCCGAAAGGAUGCGCCAUGUUCUCGCUACAAAUGCACGUCCCACUAAACAGUCCCUUUGGUCAGCGGUUACCAUUAAUUCAGCAUUUGGUGGCGGUUGCAGUUGUACGGGGAAUUCGCGGUAUUGCAAAUUGCGAUAAGCUAGACAUUCGGCUUAAGUGGCCAAAUGACAUCUAUGCCAAUCGAGUCGUCAAAAUCGGAGGCCUGAUCAUCAAUUCGCGUUUUGAUAGUGACCAAGCCGUCGUCAAUAUCGGUUGUGGACUCAACGUUAACAAUUCUUCCCCGACCGGGUGCAUUGAUGAUCUCAUAAGAGAAUUUAACGCUAAAAACAAUACUAACUAUCCUUGCUUGAGGAUUGAACAAACCUUGGCUCUUAUAUUCAACGAAAUCGAGCGUUUGUACGAUGCAAUUCAAUGUGGGGAAGUGGAUAUGCAGCAUUUGUACGACUUGUAUUACGAGAAUUGGCUUCACCAGGAUAUACCGGUGACAAUGAAAGAUGCGAAGGGUUCCGAAAUGUCUGGCAUAGUAACGGGAAUUGAUGAAUACGGAUAUUUGCUGGUCAAAACGGACAACAUUGCGCAACCUUUCACUGUUCAUCCUGACGGGAACAGCUUUGAUAUGAUGAAAGGACUGAUAAUUCCAAAAUAUUUUUAGAUGAGAGGCACUAAGUAGAUUUAGUUUUCUACGUACUAUUGGGUUAGUGAAUCGUACAUAUGGAACCAUAUGACGAAAACACAUGAUACGAUUAAAAGUCUGAUCAUUCCAAAUAAAUUUUAGUAGAGGGUUAUAUUAUUUGUUUUUAGGUUAGGGGUUACGUUUGCGUAAUUAAUUUGUCAAAAAAGAAUAAAAUGGAUUUUUUGGA